UUGAGUGCUGACCAACCGAUAUCUAAACCAGAAAAAUCAAGAAAGCUCUCAUCUUCUUUUUUCCUCAAGCUUUUCUCUGCUUCUCCAAUGGCGCCGAACCACCACUCAUUUCUUCUAAUCUUCUUUCUCACCACUCUGUUCUCAGCCAUCAACCCAAUCGCCACCGUCACUGCCUCUCCCUCACCGCCACCGCCACCGCCACAAACCCCAUCUCCAUCUCCAUCACCAUCACCAUCAUUAACACCACCAUCCCCACCGCCAUUAUCUCCGCCACCGCCUCCUCCGCAUUCACGGCCAUCCCCAAGCGCGACGCCCCAACAACUCAACAACAUAAUCGACGCCCUAAUCGGAGCUGGCGACUUCGGGAACUGGGUCAACAUCAUCACCGGCGCAAACCCACUAGCCCUCCCUUUGAGCGCCACCCUCUUCAUCCCGCAAGACAACGCUUUGAACAGCCUCCCCACCACCGACCCCUUCAUGUUCCCCUACCACGUCGUCCCGCAGCGCCUCAGCUUUGCCGACCUCCAGCUCUUCAAGCCCGGAUCCCGCCUCCCUACUCUGCUCCCCGGCAAGUCCAUCCUCAUCACCAACACCUCCCCCUCCAAUUUCACCCUCGACGACGCUCCGAUCACUCAGCCCGACCUCUACGUCACCGCCACGAUGGCGGUCCACGGUGUCGGAACUAUUCUUCAGUACUCCGUUUACGGCGACGGGCUCAACCUCUUGCCCAAGCCCAAUUCCCAGCAGGGGCAGCAGCGGCAUAAUCCUCCGCCGUCAUCGCCGCAGGGGCUGUUUCUGCCAACCGGGGAAGCCAUCGGCGCUGGGUGGAAGUCUGAUGCGGCGCCGCCGUGCAGCUGUGUCGAGUUUCCGGUGGGGUGGUUCUUGGUUGCUUGUGUGGUUUUGGGGUUCAGGAUUCACAGGUAGUUGAAUUCUUGAUGAUAGCGAUGAUGACGAUCGUGAAUUCUUGAUCAAGAAUUGGAUUUUAGGGUUUUUCUGGCAAAUCCCAGAUUGUUAAUUGUGUGAAUUUUAGUGUUUGAUGAUCAUCAAUCUCAAUUCCUUGUUGCAAGAUUUGGCAAUUUUGUUGUAGUUCUGAUCUUUCAUGUAAAUGGGGUUCUUACUCUGUAUUCUUGCUCAUGAAUGCAAUUUACUAGUCAAUGAUGAUAUUGUUCCUGUUU